AUGUCUUCUCAGGCCAAAAGUGAUGAUCCCUUUUGUCUCGAGUGUCAUUGGGAAACCUUUCACAUCGAUGGAAGAGACUCUGGGGAUGCAUCUAACGAUCAUCAUCAUCCUCAAUGGGACUGUCCGGGGGAUGACCAUCACGCCUCGUUAGAGCAUUGUGACGUUGAUGAAGCAUGCUGUGAUGUGGACGACUGUGCAGACGACUGCUCAGUUGACUGUGGAUCGGUAUGCGAUGGCUUCGUCGACUGCGAUGCGUCGACAGUGUGUUCCGUAUCCCACUGCGAUGAUAAAAAUUGCAGGAGCGAAGAACCUGUCUGCUUCGAUGAGCAUUGCUUCAGCAAUAAUGACGGAGAACACGGGCUCGAGUCCUUGUUAGGACUUGGUGCUCCACUCGCAUUGGAAACAAAUGAUUUAUUGUCAUCGACCACUGUCGACAAUGGUCAAAUAGAGCAGCCAGCAAAGAAUAUAGAGCCCCCGGCUCCAACCACCGUGGAUCCUCAUCAUUGCACCAACUCUUUCUUUACACCAUACCCAACCCCCACGAAUCACUGCCACUCCCACGUCGCACACCAACACCAACAUCAACACCUACAUCAACACCACUUUGACUGCCAUAACUUCCCCAAACCGCCCGACGCAAGCUUAACGCACUCUUCGUAUCCCAUCCAGAACGAAGUGAAUCCCGCAGAUGUUUUCCACAUGCUGGGGAUGUGCACAGAUUUCUCGAGCUGCCAAGAUUACCAUGUGCCAGAGAAUAAUCACUGUCAAAAUAACUUGGGCCAGCUGAAUGAAAACUCAUCCUCAGUUCCUUUCUCCUGCUUUCACCACCCAGGACACCAUCAUCUGAACGUUCCUGUAAAGAACCCUACGCACCUGGCUGGACACACCACUCAUUCUCAUGGACCCUGCCGCUCGCAUCACCGCUGCCGGACCCAUACCCACGCGCACUCUCAUCCUUAUUCACCCUACUCACGUCAUUCUCGGUCGAGUGUCAGCUCCCAUCUUCUUUCCAGCCCGGGCGAGACGCCUCCGCCGUUGGACGGUGGGGCAUCAUCGGUUUUGACCAGUCCAGAAUUCUCUCCGGUGGAUAGUGACCUACACAUCUGUAAAUGGACUAGCUCUCGUCACGGUGUCCGAACUGCAUGUGGCGCGGCAUUUGCCGACCCGGGCGCUCUGCAAGAGCACCUCAUUUCUAGCCACAUGACGACGGUGGAUGGAGCCAAGGGCAACGGAUAUUAUUGCUGUUGGGAAGGAUGCCACCGCCCAGACGAGCCAUUCUCGCAAAAGUCCAAACUCCAGGGACAUUUCCUGACACACAGCAACCAUAAAAGCUUCCGAUGCUCUGUUUGUGGAAAGUUCUUCGCUCGACAGGCGACGCUGGACCGUCAUGAGCGGAGUCACCGGGGCGAAAAGCCCUACAAAUGUGCUGACUGUGGUAAAAGCUUUACCGACAGCAGCGAGCUGAAAACUCAUUCACGUACGCAUACUGGCGAGAAACCAUUCAAAUGUACCUAUCCAGGAUGCAACUUUCAGACGGGCGAUUCAUCAAAUAUGUCAAGUCAUCGAUUAACUCACGGGGAACGGAGACAUAAAUGCUAUUUUGCCGGGUGUACCAAGAGCUUUACUCGACCUGAUCAAUUAAAACGACAUCUUAAGACGACCCACAAACAAGACAGCCCGACGUUACCGUCCCCCAUCUCCGAAGAAUUCCUAUCCUUUGACACUACUGUCUGA